GUCCGACCACCACCUGCCCUCUCGCUCGUGCACGCCUACGCCUCUUAUUCCAUCAUGGGUAAUGAUGGAGGAAGUAUCCCGGACCGCCGUGACCUGGUCAGGAGCAAGAAGAAGGCUGAGCAAGCGGACAAGGCCAAUCAGGUCCGUGCUAUGUGGUUCUUCUGUGCUCUCUCCAAGCGUCUUUUGCAAGAGCCCAUAGUCUCCUGUCCACUAGGCAAGCUCUAUAACCGGGACGCCAUAUUAGAGUUUUUACUGGACAGGGAGUCAUUCGGCGCCGAGGGUGAGGUUGUAUGUGGGCAUAUACGGUCAAUCAAGGACGUCAAGACUCUGAAAUUGACACAUAAUGCCAGCAAGAGCCCUCCUUCCGCGUCAUCUUCCGAGUCCCAACCGGAGCGGGCUCCCUUCGUCUGCCCAUUGAACUUCAAGGAGAUGAAUGGCGUACAGCCUUUCGUCUACCUGAAGCCUUGUGGCUGCGUCUUCUCCCAAGCUGGUCUCAGAGCCGUCGCUCAGAGCAAUACUGCCCCGAAGUCGUCAGACACACAGCCAGACGGCGACGAGGCGGGAGGUGCCGACAAGCCUUGGCUCGAUCUCUGCCCACAAUGUGGCACCAAGUACGACCGCAUCGCUGACGUCCUCCAGCUCAACCCUCCUCCGGAGAUGGAGCAAGAAAUGCGCGCCACUAUGGAGGUCCUGCGCUCGUUGGAACCUGUCAAGAGCAAGAGUAAAAAGCGCAAGGCGGCUGUUGCCGGCGACGCCGACCAGCCAGCUAAGAAGAAAGCGGCAGGCGCGGCGGCUGCGACCAACCCGAGUAUCGCAGCAGCGAGUCGGGCGGUCACGCAGGAGCUGGCCAAGGAGGAAGCGAGGCGUAAGGCCGCGAUGAGUGAUGCAGUCAAGUCUCUCUACGGUCCCAAGGACGGCUCGAAGAGAAAAGAGACGUUCAUGACCAUGGGCACGUUCACGAGGUACGCUUGAUUGUUUGAGGGCUUGCGGUGUUUCGGAUGAUUUCGUGGACUCUCUUCGUCGUUGUAUCUCUACAUAUGUGUAAUCAUAUCUCCCAAUGUCAAUACUUCACGACAUUUAC